AUGUCGUCGAAAAGACCUCUCUCCUAUCCCAACUGGCAAUGCGUCAUCAAGUACAUGAAUUCGAACACGAGAAUCCUGCUCUCUCAACAUUGUCCCAAACUUCGGCGACUUGAAAAAUCAAUACCUCUGAAAAUCCACUCAUUCGAUUUCCGCUGCGAAGACCCGAUCUAUCUUAACGAUAGUAUUUACCAAGUGGGCAUAUUCCGUCGGUACCACAAUGCAACUUGUGUAACCCCUGAAGACAUUCAGUGGCAAAAUAAUAAUGGUGGAAUGAGAUAUGAUGUCGAUAAAUAUGGAUUCCCGAUAGCUCCUGGGUAUCUUCGAAUGGAUGUUGAUUAUUUCCAAAAUGAGAAGAGGAAGCUCCAGAAAAGAAUUAAAAAGCUUAAAAAAAAGCUGCUGGGGUCGGCUGAUCGUUUGAAAUAUGUCGUGGUAAAUCUGAAGUAUCUAAACGAUACUAUUUUUCGCACUGAUCUUCAAUCGAAAAAUCUCGAACCACCGUUUACCCACUAUCUCCAACUGUCUAUCACUUUCAACACUAAUGGAACACAACGAACGGAACGACUAGUUUACGAACAGCCGCUGCAGAAUGCUCAAAAGUAUCUCAUUGACAAGUUAUUUGGAGGAAGAAGUCAGAUAAUUAUUGACCAUAUGAGAAUUUCUCUUCAACGUGAUCAACACUUUCCCCCGGGUUCUUCGCUGCGUGUUCAAAAUUUAGGCAUUCAAUCUAAUUCGUUUGCUCAUUAUCAAGCUAAAAUAGAAAGCGUACUGGACUACAAAAAGUACCCAUUGGAAACACUCUAUUUGAGUGGGGAGGAACUAGAUCAUCCAAUAGUCGAAACUGCUCAGAAGCUUAUAUUCAGUGGACUACCUUCCGGUUUUCCUGUAAUCCGUCAUAGGAACGUCGAGUUCUCUUGUUAUUUUGAUAUCACAGCUUCAGUUCAGCAAUUAGUGCAGCAUAUUCUGGAUACCAAGAAGAACAUCGGAGUGUGCUAUGUAUUCAAUUGUUUGUACCGUAAGUUAACGAAAUUAAUUGAUGAAAUCAAGGAAGCCCAUGAAGAGAAAGUGAAGCUAUUUGAGAAUUCAAGAAACGAUACAUUCUCGAAUUGUGCUGUCCUCCAAAUGACAGAAUUAUGUGAUCUAUUUGUCUACUGGACAAACGUGAAAAUGAAUUAUCUCAAAAUUGAAGUGUUGCCAUCUGGAAGUCCUGUAUCAAUUGAAAAUGACUAA